CCAGGUGAUAGAUAUAUAGAAACGCACACACGCACGCACGCACGCACGCACACACACACACACACACACAAACACACGCACACACAGGCAGCAGAGAAAGACAGAAAGAAGAGACGGCAAUGGGCACGAUGACGGACACGCUGCCCGUGACCUACAGGUUCGAGGCCUGGUACUACGGCGACCCGAACGACACGGGUAACCGCGACCGAGCCUUUGUCAAGGCGCUCCAGAAGCGCAUGCCGUCGAAGCGCUGGAAUGUUUAUUCAGUCAACAUCGAGACCAAUCAGAAGAAGGCCAAGAAAGCUGCUACCCAGACUGCUCGCAAUGCUACCAAGGAGGGGGCCAUGCCUAACGUCCCCUCGAAGGAUGUUUUUCUCUGCCUCGAGGUACAUAUGAGGACGGAUCUGAAACGAGCAAAGAAGGCCGUCAUCUACACCAACACCAGAGACGGCAAGUACCCCACUGCUGAGGGCAGGGCCUACGCCGAAGUAUUUGACAAGCUGUACACCUACCUGGUCCCCUUUAUUAGUGAGCCCAAGUUCGCGAGCGACGUCGGUCUCAACAAGCCCUUGUGCUGGAGCUUGUCGUCGGCUAAUCUAGAGUGCAAGACAACCGGGGGACACCGGAGAUGGUGCCUGAUGCCGCCGGGAGAGCCGACUGACAUGCCGGCGAAGAAGAUUGAGAAGACUCUAUACGACCUCGCGAGAAUCAACGUAAAAAAACGAGACAAAGCCCACAAGCUUUGCGGCGGCGGCGGCGUGCUAGAAUGCAUUGACAACCACCUCUACCGGCAGAAGCAGACGUACGACCUCCUGUCUGACCUGAUGUCCAAGAUGGUUUCCAGUAGUGAAGUGACUCCGGAAAUGGUCGAGGACAACGUCAGCGCCAUCGAAGGCGUCGACAAGGCCCUGACGACCGUCGUGUCCAUGUUCCAGCAACACGUCGGCAGGUCGCCGGCGCCCAGCAGCCGCUGCGGCGUGUUCCGCGCCGUGCAGAAGAUGUUCCAGCCCAAGUUUGGCGCCAUCGCCAUUGACGACGAUGUCAUUGAGGAGCUCAAGAAGAGCACACGCCUUGAGCUGGGCCAACUCCAGCGCCUCGCGCCCGUCCUGGCCGCGCAUGUCCGGCUGCAGAAACCGGAGAACUGGAAAAAACUAAAAGCCGACUGCGCCUCGGCGCUCGAGGGCGACGAGCGCAACGUGAUGCCCGACAAGAUGGGCAUCUCGAGCAAGUGGCUCGGCGACAUGGGCGAGCACGCAGCGGCGCUGCGCCUCGUGCGGGCCCACUACGACAUCAUCUAUAACCGGUUGCUAGCCGACAUCGAGGCCCUCAACAAGGCCGUCGGCGCCGAGUACGUCCGCCGCGGUGCCACGCUUUUUCGUAGUACUAGCACGCCGCGCAACGGCUGCCUCGUCGAGGCCCGGCUGCAUGGCCUUGAGCCGAAGAGGAGCUUGUUUGCCGCUGCCGAGGAGUGUGAGAAGGUGUGAGUGUGCCGGGGGUUUGGGUGGUGGUGGCUUGCUGGGGUUGUCAGGCCAUCUUAGUGAGUAGGGAGACUGACUCUGGCACGAAGCUGGGUGAAGUAGGAGGAUGACUUAUAUCUUUCCGCCUUUCCUUUUUGCUGUUGCUUUAAAAAUGUUGGAGCUGGAGAAAAUGGUCUCGCUCUUUCCCGGUUUCUGGGGAGUUUGGCACUCAUCGUUUGCCUCUCAUCGUUUGCCUCUCUCUCCCACACC